AUGAAUCCCCCUACCGAGAUCUCUCCUUCUAUCCGCUUCCUCCUCGACGAGAUCCACAGGAGGUUCGAUGAGUUCGACGCUCGGAUGGAGCAGCGUUUCUCGCGGGCCAUCGCUGCGCUGGAGCCGCGGGACGCCGCCGUCGAGAUCCGCAUCGACAGUUUCGAGCAGUUUGGCGCGACACCGCAGGGUGGGUUGUUCGAGCAGCCUGCCCACAUCCUGGAGGAGUCGGCUGCCACCGACGCUGCUGACGGCGCCGACAUCUCCCUCGUGCUCGCGUCCGACGCCGAGGUGGUCCCAGACAACUGGGGAGGGCUGUUCGAGCAGCCUGCCCACGACCCGGAGGAGCGCGACCUCGACCUCUCUGCCAUCGAUGUCUUCGGCUCCGCCCAGAUCCGCAGCGAGCACGGCCACGAGCCCGCUCCCAUGCUCGACGCCGCGGAGCGUCCUCAUCGCCUAGCCACCGCGCUCGACGACAUCGUCGACCUCGACCGCCUCAGCCUCCUUCCAGAUGUGCUCCUCCGCGACAUCGUCUCCCGCCUCCCCAUCAAGGAUGCCGCGCGCACGGCGGUGCUUUCCCGCCGCUGGAGGCCUCUCUGCGCCUCCCCAUUCGUGUCGCUAGUGCAGAUGGAGGCGCAACCCUUCUUCCUUGUCGCAUGCACCAAGCAGGAGCGGCGCCCCAUCAUCCGCACCGAGGGGAUGGGUGCCAGCAGCCGCGUCUUCGUCGGCGUGAACAUACAGCGGCUCCACGAUGACUUCGCGCCCGAUGACCCCGGCCUUCUCCACUGUGUCUGCCUCGGCCCCGUCAUGUGUGUGCUCCGUGCCACCCCACUCGGUGGCUACGAUGGCUCCCUCGACGACGACCUGGAGUCCGGCAUCACCCACUUCGACGCGCCGCUCGACCGAGCCAUCGGUCGUGAUGGCCAGGCACCCCCCGCGGCUGCCACGCUCCGCGCCGAUGCUGUGGGGGCUGCAGGUGGUGGGCUGCUGGCUUGGGUGAUGGCUGCGAGGACAGCGCAGGCCAUAUGUUCGAUGAUUUGCCUGGCUGGCGACAGCAGCUUCGCCGACGUCCCCAUCGGCGCGCUCUGGGAGGAGGAGAUGCUCCGCUGGGGCGACAACAACCAUGGGCUGGCCCCGAUGUUCUACAUGGCCGAGCUCGAGGUGGGCGAGCUCCGACAGAGAGUGCUUCAUCCCCUGGCGGAGCUCCAGGAGCCGUGGCCUGUGGUUACCCAGGUUGUUCCUGGCGAGCUCGCACAAACAUCACCCUCAUGGUGUUCGACACCAGGUCACAACCAUGCUGGGUGCGCCCCUGAUUCAGUGACCACUGCACCGGUUCCUUCGUCGAUCCUUGCUGCGGCGCUGGCGUUUCCUUCCAUACCUGAGCCAGUGGAAGCAGCAGAAGAGUUUACCUUUGUCGUCGACUCACACUCCACCCUUGGGCCUGCUAUUGUGGUAUUCCAGGAUGUUGCAGAGCAUAACCAGCCAAGGAGAGCUAUGCUGCUACUUAGUGUUAGUCAAUGGGGCCUGAUUAUACUACAUGCAUCAUGCUCAAAAGAGUAUCUCCUGUGGGAGUGUUGUCCAAUUGCAGUAGCAAGGAUACGUGCUGUUGAUGUGUCAGCAACUCAGAUGGAAACUCGAAUUCUUCAAAUUACAAUUGUGAGAUGUUCUUGCCAUUUGCUUGUUCUGGUAGAACUUAUGAAUGGGAAAACUGAUUCUACAGUCACAUAUUAUUAUAUGCACACUUGUUGGGACUGCAACUCACUCUCCAUCCUUGCAUAUGGCAAGUAUUUGGUAACUCCUUUGUUGGUUCAGGAUGGAAAUCAACAGUCAUGCUAUAGAAUUUACAGAGAUGCUAGCAGCUCAACGUUAGCACUGAGUCUUCAAAAACUGGGCAUCGAAAAGCUAACUAACGACAACAUGCAGCAGUGGGUGGCCUCAAAUAUGAAAAUCGGAACCUAG